AUUCAGACUAAGAAGAGGCUAAGAAGGCGUGUGAUGUUCUGUUUUAGUACUUGUACAGACAGGAGUCCGCUUCAAGUACAUAGCUGGAGUACUCAUUGAGGGAAUGAAGAACUGGCUGUGACCCUAUUAUCAUGAAAACCCCCUAGUAAUGGACAAAGUAAGAAACUUUUUUGUUGUUGCUGUGACUUUGUGUUUUGUUUUAUUUAUUUUUUAUCUAUUGUUACAAAUUGUGUGCAGUUUUAAAAACCUUAUCGUAAAGAACCAAACAGUGCAUUUUUGUUUUUAGAGUUACAUUGAUUUAUAGAGAUUUUGUUUCUGAUAAUAAUAUAUAUAUUUUUUUAUUAUUAUUUUUAAAUUUUUUUUGUUUGUUUGGUUUUCAAAUGUCUAUUUUAAUUUUCUGCUUUGGAUCCAUGUGAAUAUGCGACACUGUGACUCUGACAACUGAGUGCUUUACGAAAAUGUACUAAUGCUGUGAAGCAGGGUUGCUCAUAAGAGCCAGGCAGUAAAACCCAUUUUCCUGAAGUCCUUUUCAGUAUUAUUAGUGUCCAGCGGUAUGUCUGUGUAAAUUAUGCAUAUGAUGUUCUCCUUUUUAAUGCGAGCCUGUUGCUGUCCUUCCUUAGAGCAUACUUAGUUUUGUAGCCCCAUUACAUUGAGCGCACUGAAGAUGACACCAGUAUGAGCUAUGGGUAGAUGACAGCACUCACUUCAUGAGCUCUUACAAGAUGUUUGCGGUAUAUUUCACCAUCUUAGCAAUUAAUGGACUGCAUUUAUACGCUGCCUAUAGUACUGAAUACAUUCCAGCUUCUAUUGAAAGGAGGUAGAUGAAAUGAAAGGAAAAGGGUGUACAUUUGCAGCAUUACUCUAUUCUAUAAAGAAUAAUCAAUACAGCAAAAGAUUUCUUUAAACAUAUAAAAUCGAUGUUAAUUUUCUAAGCUUGGCGUAACACUUGUAGUUCAAAAGGUUUGGAGUGGAUUUUAAUGCUAGCCUAAAACAAACCCUACCCACCCCCCUCCCCCCCCCAAAAAAAAAAUCUCUUGUCACUGGAGUUCAGGUGUUUUUGUCCUAUUCGCUGGUGUAAAGAGUUAAUCAGUGGUUGUCUCCCUUACGAUACUUUCCUGGAGAAUUCCAAAUCCUCUAGCUGACUGGCUUUUUGAACUGGAAAAGCUUAUUGUUUGCCUUAUCUCUUCGGUGAGCUAACUUCUGUUCUCUGCUAGAGCUUCAGGCGUGUUGGGCUGCUUCAUGUUCUUCUCAGCCUACAAGUGAAGUCAGCUUCAUUAGUUUCAUGAUGGUACAUCAGUACAGGGUUGGUGUUUGCCGCUUCCUCCCAGCGAGUCCUGGAGCAUGAUCUGGGCUGCCUAGGUUUGGAUAGGCUUGUAAGGAUUUGUCAGCCAGAUGUGACACGAUUGUCAAGAGGCAAGUAAAGGAGGAGAUCUGAUAUUAAUCAGUGCAUAGCUGGAAGCCAAACUUUCUCAAAGCCAGUGUAGAAACAUGUUCUUCUCAUUUGCUAAGCCUUUUUUCUUGCUACAGAGCUGCCACCGUCUCUGCUGCAUGCUUUGUUGGAGUACAAAGUGGGUACCGGCAUUUAGAAAAAUUAAAACAUUUUUUAUGUGCAGAUCUUGUUGCAAAAGCAAACAUGGACCGCGAAAAAACCUUUCCUUUUUUUUUUUUUUUUUAUUAUAUAUUUUUUCUUUUUCUAGAAUAUAUAUAAUUCUUCAGUUAGAUUGUAUUGUAAACUAACCAUCUGACUUAAAAAGAAAAGUAUGUUUAGUCCCUUUUCCCCCAUUACUUUGAAAUAGAUUUCAGUUUUUCUGGUCAGUGGUGUUGUCUUAACCCUUACUGUGUCAGAUGGCCCAUGCAGUGCUGUGCACUUUUAAGUCUGAGAGAAUUUUUCACUGUUUGUGCUCUUAAGUCCUGCUGCGUAGAAUGACAAAAUGGGUCUAAACAUGUGUGAAAUUUGAUGUACACUACCCCUGCCUGACCUGCGACAUAGUUUAAGGCAGCCUGCAAGCAUAUAUUUCCAAUUUGUCUAUACAGUAGCCCCAUUCAUACCUUAACAAUGUAAUGGUAUAUCUUUCAUUCAAAAUGACAAGUUUGUGUAUGUGUAGCCCUAUCCCCUCUCCUCCUCUGUUCCAAUUCAGUCGAUUUAAUUGCAUUUCUGUGUUUAUGGAAAAAGUCACUUUUUAAACAAUCCAACUUAUUCUCAAAUAUUUUUAGAUAAAAUCAAAGGACUGAUGGCUUUUCUAUAUUGAACAUCUCAGGUAAUUCCUUAGUACCCCUGCAAAAUAUUGGACAGUGCCUUUGUGGUAGAGAAUAAGAAGGUGAUAGAUGUUUGGAACAUUCUACUACUUGAGUGACCAGAACAACAAUGCACAAUGAUGUGAUCAUGCUAGAACCGAGAGUCUGAGUUGUCAGAAUCAUGUAGUUAAUACCAAAUUGUUCAGAAAACCUUCUGUGCAUAGCAGGAAGUCUUAGGGGUUUAUUUACUAAAUCGUUAAAUGAAAACGAAACCGGUUAGGUUAAAAACCCGAUGAUUUGGGCAAAUUUGCCUGCUUGUCUACAUUUUCAAUAUGUUUUUUAAGUUCACUGCAGCUCAGUAUUUAGCGAAUAAACCCUUUACAUGUUAAGUGCCACAUGGGUAUCUCAUGGCUCUCUGAAUUUGACAUGGAGUUAUAACUUACCCUAAUUUUACUCCAUUAAUGUUUUGUUCAAUCACUUCUUUCUUUAAUGCUUUGCAAGUCAAAGGGAGUUGAUGGGUUGCUAUGACUUGCAAUGUCUUGUCAUUCCCUGUGUCCAGGCAAUCAAAGGAUGUCUCCUCUGUUCUACCUUUUGUGCCUGGCCUUGCUUUGUCUUCACUCGUCACCUCCAUCACACUACCUUUAUAGAGCCCUUGUCCAUUAGUACAUUUCUAGCUGUCAGGACCAUCAUUUUAAAUCAAAAUGUCUCUCUGCUUGGCUACAAUCUAGCUAGCAGCCUUCUGUCUCGAGCAACACACUGAUAAACCUAUUGUCACUUGAAAGGUGUUAGAAGUUGUCUGUCAAUGUACUUCCUUAGAAUAAUGCAUUUCAAGACUCACAAUAGGUCCUGGUAAACUCCAGAGCACUUUCUAGUGCAUUGCAAGGAUGAGCAAAAAACAACAAUUAUUGGUUUAUUUAAUGUGUGGUUUCUCUAAGGUUGUAUUCUGUGUAGAUUUCAUGAUUUUCAACAGUUUGCACAAGAAAAUACUUCAGACGCACGGUGACUCUUAACACUUACCUGCCACCUAAGAUCUUUCAGGGCUAUUUACUCAAGUGGGAAUUAUUGCACUUCAAAGCUGAAUUUUUAAAUUUUAAGGUUGAACUGGUAAAGUUCUCCAAGCAGCAUUGCUACCAGUUUGACUAUUUUGACCUUACCUUUAAAAUUCACUUUGAAUUCUCAGCAAUUCUCUCUUUAGUGAACAACCCAGUUUAUCCAGGAAUGCAUGUAUUUUUUAAAGGCAUUUAUACUCGUUUGCCAUAGACAUACAGUAAAAAUGUGAACUGCACAAAAACCGAACUACAAAAAUCCUUUUUAAUCUAAAAAAAAUAUAUAUACACAUUGUCACCUGUGUCCUCGACACAUCCUCGUUCUCAUCAGAGGAUGAGCAAAAAUUCACUGAGCAAGCCCCCACCCUGGCCCUUCUGGUAUAUAUGUGCCCUGGAUUGGCCAGUCCUUGUCUUGUCAAGGGAAAAAAAAUAAUUAAAUGCCACUAUUUUACUGCUCUGUACAUAACCUUCCUUAACUUUCUGAAGCUGGAGGCAUGAUAGGAGAUGUGGUCCUUUAUAGCUGGAGUGACUGAGGCUUUCCAUUGAUGCUGUGACAUUGCAUGUACUGCUCUACUAUUUUCUGCUCCUCAUUUGAUUUCCAUGCAUAAAGGAUUUAAACUGGAUGCCAUGAGUAAAACGUACUUCAAGGCUUUAUUUGACUUUACGUGUUGAAGACUUUGACUGCAAGUUUGUGAUGAAAGGUCACGAUGGGACAUGUAGUCUGCUUUGGCUGGACUGCUAGCGGCUGUCUUUUGUGUCUGGUUACUAAUAAAUAGCAAAGUUGGUGUGGUUACAAGCCGCUUAGCUGUACCUGUGCUUAAAGUGGAUGUGUCAUACUCACAGAGGUGUAGAAAAAGGCCCCUCCAGGUUAGUGAUAUAAUUCAACCUGUGUACAUUGUUCUGGCAAAACAAACCCUUAUUAAAGGGGAACUGCCACUUCUCUGAAAUUUACACCAUUAAUUAAAACAUUGGAAAUCACCUAUAACAAGUGUUAACCAUUUUUUUUUCAUGUGAUGUUCUGUUUUACAUUUUUAUUAAAGGUUUAGUAAAUUACGUCAUAAACCAGUUGAGACAAGGCAAAGCCAGCACAAACAUUGCAAGUGAAGAGGAGCAUUUGAAACCAUGUUUAAUUUAUCUUCUUUUUUUUAUGCGGAAUGCCAGGUGCAUAGGAUGGCGUUUAAAACCAUGAUUGACAGAGAGCUAAGAUGGAAGAGCCAGAUUGCAAGAUAAAGCGUUGUGGAUAUAUGUUUAAUUUUAUUUUUUAACACCUCACAAUUCCAUGUUUGUUAAAUAUUGGGGAUGAGUAUACAUAGUAUUAAUAAUCAAUCUUGGGAUGUCAAACUUCCCCUUUAAAUAUGUAUUGGACGUCUCCUUCUUGGGCUGUGUGGUGGGGACAGAGUGUUGGGAUUUUUAUGAUACACAAGUGCACUUUCUACAGCAACUGCAACGGCAUACAUCAUCGAAUAGAUGUUAUAAAUAUGUAACAUGCAAUAAACUGUUAAUCUACAGUAUAUUUUUUCCAACAGUUUUUAGACAUUGCGCAUCAUUUCUAUGCUAUACUAAACUUUAGUGAGAAUCGCAAACCAUGGUGACCAUUGCUGAUUUACAAUGCAUUUGUUUGCAAUUCUGGUUGCAAAUCUACAAAUCCGUUUUGAUGCUGUAUGCACAAAGUUGAUUUUGGAUGACAGAUUCACUUUAAUCCACGUGUGCUCAAAGGAGGGGGGGGGGGGUCUGGAGACUCCUGACUGAAGACUGACUUUAAGAUCCUAUGAUUUAAUGGGUUUACAGGUCAUUCAUAUUAAUCCCAAUUUAUUAUUAAUUUAUUAUUUUUUAUUUUUUUUAAAAACCUUUUUAAUCUGGCAUUUUCACUAAUCUAUCAUCCUUGUUUGGUCUUAAUCAUCUACAUGAACAAUUAGUGCUUCUGCUGUGUGCCCUGGUUGAGCUAGCAGAUCAGCCUAGCGGAUAUUUUAGUUUGUUUAAUAUUCUAUUUAGAGAAGUAACGGAGAGUUACACACCUUGUCAUAUGAACUUCUUUGGACCAGAGAGGCCUGUAAUACUGGGUGAUAAAACCUAGAAUUCUACGGUAUACUUUUUGCCAGCUUCAGUGGAUAAGAAAAUCAAAUACAUAAUACAAUGUUCUUGAAAUCGCCUUAUGUAACUAAAUAUAAACUAAUAAAAUAUAUAUAUAUAUUUUUUUAAAUUACAUUAAUUUUGUAUAUGUGCGCCUAUCGAUGUUCUACGGUGCCUGUUACUUUGAAUCAUUGAGACAAACCACAGAAAUGAAAAUGUGGUUGGAUGAUUUAUCAAUUCUAUUGACUUUUUUUCAUUCUGCAAGAUCUUGGUUGAUGCAGUGAUUUUGGUUGUAACCAGUAGUGUAGCACAAUGAUAUAUGAAUAUUCCACUCAUUCUAUGGUCAAAAGAACCAGAACACUCCAAUAUGAACUUGUACUUGUCACUCUCAACGAAAGUGAUCAUACUCUUCAAUGAAAAAAAACAAAUGCACUUGUCCAUAAAGACGUGAAGAAUCAGUCACUGCUCUGGGAAAAUGAGGUCAUUUCUCCAAUGUGAGAUAUAUUGAAAAGCUUUUGGUCCAGUGAAGUGUUGCCUGUUACUGUCCUAAAUUCAGAACAAAUACACCUGCUGAAACACAGGUGCCACAGAAUAAUUUAGAAGCUGAGUAGGUUUCAUUCACUGCUGUAAAACCUCUCACCUUGGUUUUUUUUUUUUUUUUCUUUAAAGCCUCAUAUGAUACAGCUGCCUCUUUGCAGGAUUUAGCAACACUGCAAAUAUUGGCAUUUUAACACCAUUUAGUCCAUCUCAUAUUAAUACAGCGAUACCUUUUCUUUAUAUUAAAACAUAAAAGUAAGCUUCUUCAUACAUUUUAACAUACUAGUUUCAUAUGUCUGUAGAACAAAAAAAACAAACCUCAAAUUACAAGUGUUUCACAUAAAAACAAAAAGGAAGAAUUUGUAGCUAUUGGGCAGAGUGACAGUUUACAAGAUUAUUAUUGAAUAGCAACAGUUCACAUUCAAAUGUGAAUAUUGGCAUAAGAUCCCAUGAUUACAGUGCUAUAAUGUAAACUUGUUUAAAAAUAGUGUAACACAAUUAUUGCCCCGUUUUUCAACUUUACCUGGCUCAAUAAGAAUGCUACCCUGCUCAGUUGGUGCUGGGUGGAUUGACUGGCUGAGGAUUGUUGGAGACACAGUAAAAGCAUCUCUUAUUCUCAUAAACCCUAAGCUUCCUGACUCUUAACACAAUCCAAAACCUCAAGCCUAACUCAUGUACUCGUAACACCGCAUUCUAAGUGACAUAGUUUCCCAUUGUACAGCACUGCGGAAUCUGUUGGCUCUUUAUAAAUAUUAAUAAUAACUGUGUAAUUCAGUAAUUUAACCAUGUUGACUGAGAACAAUUUAAAUGAAUAUCCAUACAAUGGGGAUGAUGAGCAAAGGUUUUGAUUUAACUUUUUUGAAUGUUACUUAAUGGGUUAAGGAGUCCAGUUUUUUGUUAAGUACUGUAACUGUGCUUGAUCAUUGAUUGUUUGGUCCUAGAAUCCUAACAUUAAAGUUUUAGUUUUAUUCUCCAGUGUUCUUACACAGCACUGGUAUGGUUAAUCGUGAAAUGAUGCAAGAUCAGAGUGAUCUAAUCCCUUCCUGUGUGCGUUAGCCAUUAUUGCUCAUCUGUUAAUUGAUAUCGAGACAUGACUUCCAUAGUACAAGUAUUUCUUGUGUUCUGGCAUUUUCCACCUAUCUGAUUAUGCUCGCAUGUGGGAUAGCAGCAUCUUCUGAAGACUGCCGCAUGGGUCAUGAUAUCACAGUGUUCUCGAAUCAGCCUGAUUGUCUGUCUGUUACUCAUCUAAAGCAGCAAAAUAUAUAUAUUUUUUCAACCGAUUCUUUGCAGCCAAAACACAACACAUACCUCAAGAUGGUACCUCCACCACUAUGCUUUACUUUCACACUGCCAUCGUUGCUUUUAACCCUUUUGUGACAGAUGAUGCGCCAGUAAUGUUUUGAUGAUAUGGGAUUUGCCAAACCCCUUGUCUAGCAGAGGUUAAACCUGAUUUGCCAUUCUUAAAGCUGCAAAGUUCUUCCUGCUUUAAUUGGAAAGCAGAUUUCUAAAAUAAAAGUAGCUGCAGAUAAGGACACCUAUCAUUUAAAGGAACACUAUAGUCACCUAAACAACUUUAGCUUAAUAAAGCAGAUUUAGUGUAUAGAACAUGCCUCUCCGGUUUCACUGCUCAAUCCACUGCCAUUUAGGAGUUAAAUCACUUUGUUUCUGUUUAUGCAGCCCUUGUCACACCUCCCCUGACUCUGAUUGACACACCCUGCAUGAAAAAAAACUGGUUUUACUUUCAAUCAGAUUUAAUUUACCUUAAACAUUUUUAUCCCUUUAAGCCAUAAGGACUCUAAUGUUAUGCCAUUGGAGCCUACAGAAAGUCUUCAAUAUAGAAAGCAGAACUUGUGUACCCAUCCCGCAAGUUUACCCAUCAGUGGCUUGCCCCUUCUCUACUCUAUGCAUACCAUCUGUACUAGUGUUAAUACUGCCAAUUCUUGACCUCGAUAUUUAACGUUUUAUUGAUUACAUAUUCACUACCUCUUAAAUGCAAGCUAUGUAGUUCAUGCACUAUACCAAUUCAUAGUUAGAUACAUUAGAUAAUUAUUAACACUUCCAGUCAGUCUUUAAGUGUAUAGACCAAGGGUAGGCAGCCUUUGGCAAGCCAGGUAUUGUGGACUAUAUCUGCCAUAAUGUUCUUAUAACCAUUAUUCCGGCAAAUCAUCUGCCUACACAUGGUAGAGUGACUAUCCUCCAUAUCACUGGACCUAAGCCUUUAGGUCAGAACUCAUAUGUGGAUCCCUGUGCUAUAUUACUGGGGCAACUCUUGUAGGAACAGGCACAAUUUAUUCACCAAAACCAAUGGGAGAGUUUUCCCAAUACCUGAAGCUGAGAUUACUGAAGUUUUUUGUUUUUUUAACUAGAAUUUUUUUUCCAUAUAUUAUAUUGUAUUAUAUUAAAAUAAAUAAUAUCCAAACUGAUAGAUUGCUAAGCUAAUUUAGCAAUUUUAGAAUGGGUAGCCAAAGCUGCUACCGUGUGCAUAACAUGGGUCCCUGUCAAAAAACAAUAACGGCUACCUUAUAAACAUUUAGUCGGGUUGGCCAAAAGGUACUGCAUGGACACGAAUAUUCUGUGUAAACUUUACUGAACAGUUAUAAAGUAAUAAUAGAGAGAACGUAGGUAUGCAGUAAAUGUAUACACAGUACAUCAUCACGACUGUAGGUCGAGCAAAAUAAAUAUUUAGAUCAUAAGCAAAUACUACAAGGUUUAGGUCAUCCGCACACACAGCUAAUGUGUGCAAUAGAAAUGCAUUAUAGGAAACAAUAAGGUGCUAACAACUCAUUUGCCAGUUCUUUGCUAAACAUUAAUUUUGUUCGUGGAUAUUUACCCACACAUUUUAUUGCUACAUGUCAUUACUUUAUAAAGGAUAUAUAUCUAUAUAUAGAGAGAGAGAGAAAGAGAGUUUGUUUGUUUAAAUUUUUUGGUUGAUGAUCAUGUUAAAGUUGAGCAUUGGUUCUCCUCAAGAUCCAGCUGUUGUAGAUCUACAAUUACCAUGAUGACUUGCCAGCCUUGUUCAAGCAAAGCUUUGUGGGAGUUGUAGUUCUGCAACCUUUUCACCUCGUGAAUCCAGAUGCAGUAAACCAAAAAAAAAAUUUAGACCCCUUUUAAAUUUUUUUUAACCUUUUAACUGCAAGACUCGUGUGUCUGCUUGUUCACAGUCCCUGGUUAGUGUGAUAAACAUUGAAAAUUCCUUUAAAAAAAUUAAAUUGGGUGCAAGGGUUAAAGUCUUUUGAUGCUCCACAGAAGUCAUUAUUUUUUACACGGUAAAUAUCUCUAAGUAGGGUGGUAGCUGGUCAGGAAUGUUUGCCAAGACGUGUUUUCAAAAAGUAACUUGACCUUCUGUUUUGUGUGUUAGUGAGUGCGUUCCGGAGAAUGAGAUUCAGCUGUUUGCGGGGAAGGAACAGAGCACAAAAUGAAUGAGGUAUGUUUUCAUCCGCUUUUAACACUUUACCAUCAAAUGUUUCGGUAUUUGUAUUUUCUUCAAACAAUAAAGAAAAGAUAACUGUAAUUGGACCCACACAUACACCUAACUUGUGUGGGUGCCUGGAGUGACCCAAUGUGUGUAUGGUCGUAAACAGAUAAUUUAACACCAUAUAAUUCUUGUAGGCUUUACACAAAUUCUCUAACAGUAAAGGAAACGUUGCUGAUGAAACGGUAACUGAGAAUUUGAGACUAUUUUUGUUAUGCUCUCCUAAUCUGUUUUCCACUCCUUUAGCAGAAGGAAUGGUUUUCCUCUGAGAAUUAAUGGGAUAUUAUGCUUUGAAAAAUGUGGAGACUUAAUUAUUUUUGGAAAGUCUGUAGUACUCCCUGUGCUUUUGAUGUUGCAGCUGCACGUUUUUAGGUAUUUGUGAAAGGUAGUUGGCCACCUUCAUUUUGGCAACCUCGCACCAGGUAGCUUUUUUUAAAUAUUUUUAAUACAUCAUGAGGUAGAAAGUGAGCCAUUACAUCAUAAUUUAUUUAUCUCUUGAAACUGUAUGCAAGCGAUUUCAGAGUUGGACUGUCCACAGAAACUUUUCAAGAAGAUUCUUCGUAUUCAACAACAAAUGCAAACAUCAAUUAAAACCUUGGGAUUUGUUACACAUUUUAUGAAUACAUAAGGAACUAUUUUUCUUAUGUAAUGUUUAUAGUCCGUCACAUUUUUUAUUUUAAAUCGGAGUAACUAGGACAUUAUUCCAGUCUAGAACCUUCAAUUUUUCAGUAAAUCUAGAUCCUUUAAGAUUCGAGAUAGGGAAAAUAGUUGAAUGUUCGCUAUCCUUUUGACAAUACCACACAUUAGGGAUAAAUAAAUAAAUGCAGUACAAAGUUCUCCGCAUGGAUUGCAAGCAUGGCAUAUAUGCUCAGUUAAACAAUUUAGCUCAAAACAACAUUGGUGUUACCAAAUGGUCCAUUUUGAGUAUUUAUAAUGAUAGGUUUUGAUGAGAUUUUUAUAUAUAUAUAUAUAUAUAUAGCUCCUCUUGUUUAGCACAUCUGAUACAUAUAUAAUUAUCAGGCAUUCAUGAUAACAUUGUAGUCUGAAGAUCUGAGCACCUGCUUACUGGGUGUAUAUACAUGAGGCAUCACUACAUUUUCACUCCCUACUCUGCACAGUGUCAUGGCCAUCCAAGACGGAUUUGGUAGCAAUUAUGUGGAAGUUGCACCAAAGGGAAGGAGAGUUUAGAAUGAACAGAAUCUCCUAUGAAGUAGAUACAUAUAGUGAUACAACUAAAGUCGGGAUACCAGAAAUGAAAAUUGUUAUAGGGAUGUUCUAAGCAACAUAACCACUACAGCUAAAGUUAAUGAUUAUGGUGCUGUAAGUCUGAAUGUGCUGUCCACUAGGUUUCUGACAAAUCAUUUUGGAGUGGUGAAACUAACUGUAACUCUUCCUGUGACCCAUAGCCAACCCAUACUGUAGUUGCAAUGAAAAUGUGAAAAUUGAAUACCAACAUUAUCCAUCUAAACCCAUGGACUAAACUGCCCAGCCCAUUUUACAAGCCAAUGAGGUCAAUAUAUGCUGCUGGGAUAAGGGCAGAACAUGCAGUGUCAGGGAGACCGAAGUCCUAAUAGUUAGGCCAAGUCACAACAGAGCAUUUGAAUCCUACAGAGCUGUUCACAUGAACAAGAACAGCUCAAGUGCCCUAAAGCAAGGGAGUAGCUGGCUUAUAUAGGCUGAAUCCCUGCUGUGUGAUAUCUGUGAUUAAGAAAGAUAUGUCAACACAUAUAUGGAGAAUACACAAAAGUGUAUGCUGAAACAGAUGCAGGGAUGGCUUGCAUCAUUGUAAUAUGGAUUACCAACAGCAGUCCUAAAAAGGCACAGCUAGAGAACAUAGAUCUUAAAGUACAACACAAGGCACCCUGAGUAUCCUGAAUGGAUGUUAAAAGGGACAUAAUGUACACAGUGUUAAGGUUACACAGACCAAGAACUGGAAAAUGCUUAUAUGUUAUAUUCUGUCAGGUUUAUAAGGACUGGUAGACACUGCCAGGUUUAAUGGGGAUAAACCCUAAUAUUUAACCUAUUAGACAAGGCGAAAUAAAUUAAAAUAGUUAAGAUGGAGUUAAACAGGCAUCUAAUAUUUUUGCUGUUUCAAGGGGCAGACAGUUUUCUGCUGUACUACCCUAAUGGUCUAGUUAAUAGCCAAAGGCUUCUGUUUGUGUUGAUUUAGUUCCAAAAAUAUUGUGUUUAGGUGUAUGUAAUAUAAUGUCCCAUUCAGUAAAGGAAGUGUAAUUUGUAGGGAUGUUUCGUAAGCUUUUCUGGAAAUUCCAGACCUGUUCUUUCCCCCAUGUGGCAGAAAACUGUGGACAGUCCAAUAUCACAGGUCUAGCCUGCCGUUGAUGUGUAUUAUUGUCAAUUGGAAAUCCAUCAUUUUCGGUUAUUUAUGGAUUGGCACGGUAUCCAGAUGGGAGGGAAACAUGCAAUGUGUUCUCAUGUAACUGUCACAUUUGGAAGCCAUAAAAUUUUGGGUAACAUCUGGUAUUCAAGCCGCCGUGGUGUACAUCAUUGAUUACUAGCCGCUGUGCCACACUCAAAAGGGGAAAAGGAGUGUGUCUAUAGUUAUCUAUAAACCCCUGCUAAGUAGGUAUUUUUUGAAUGCAUAGUUCAACACAUGGCAGCAGUUCUAUUUUACAGUAUUUGUGAUGGCUGAUAAGUCACUAUAUAGCUGGUAUCUGUUUAGAGAUGACUACUCUGUUUUAUGAAUGGGGCUAUAGAUGUGGCUGCAUGCCUCAGUGAAAAUUCUGAAGGAGUGUUUUUACAGGAGGUGGGGACACGCACCACUCAAGUUGUGGUACAGAUGGGGGAAUCAAGCCAUGUGAUAUCUAUUUUCCAGGUUAACUAAUUCAGAAUAGUAGAGAGAGUUGUUUUUUGUUUUUUUUGUUUUUUUUACAGAUAAUGUUUUAUGUGUCCUUUUUAGCCAAGCUUUGCAUGAUUAGAGCUGACCAGGAACAAAGAAUUUUGUUAAAAUUGUCUUUUAUUCUUGGUAUGCAAUAGGCCAAAGAUGGGUCCCAGAAGUAGCAGGCUCCUAUCUGUCAGAGUUGGUAAAAAUUGAACAGAACCUUUGUGAACCCUAUUUGAUAACAUUGGAUCAGCGCUGACCAUUUAUUUAGAUCAGCUUCUUUUGUUUAGCUCCCAUAUUACUCCCAGUUACUCACACAUCAGUGCUUCUCUCAUGUUCCUUUUUCUGUUUUACAGGCAAUUCGGUGCACCCUAGUAAACUGCAUUUGCCUGGGUUUCAAACCUGGAAAAAUCAACACACGCCAUUGUGACCAGUGCAGACAUGGAUGGGUAGCACAUGGUAAUGUGUUAAAAAUUUGUUAUGCUUUUAUCCAUUAUUAGGUUAUGCUUUUAUCCAUACUUUUUGUAUUCUGUGCCUCAUCUGUGAUUUCUUCUUCUAGCCCUCAGUAAACUUCGGAUCCCGCACUUCUAUCCUAACAGUCAAGUGGAGAUUGUUCAGUCCAGUGUAGUAUUUGAUAUAAGCAGUCUAAUGCUCUAUGGAACCCAAGCCAUUCCCAUCCGUCUCAAAAUCUUGCUGGAUCGCCUGUUCAGCGUCCUUAAACAAGAAGAGGUUCUUCAGAUUUUGCAUUCACUCGACUGGACCCUUCAGGAUUACAUUCGGGGUUAUGUGCUUCAGGUAUCUAAUAGUCAACCCUAACCUUUGGUGAAAAAAGAAUGAAAAGAAAUGUUCUGUAGGACCUUUCCACAAAUAGAGAUUUGCAGUUUCUAAACUGUGAAAUUCUAAAUUAAAUUAAAUUAUACAUGUGAUAAUGAAUUUAUCAAGAAUAAACUAUGCCAGUAUGUUUUGUUCACAAAGCCUGUAAAUUACAGUAGAUGGACUCUAGGUGAAAUUUCUCCCUAUAACGUUGUUUUUGCCAGUCAAAUCUAGCAAAUUAUGUUUUCAGUCCACUGUUCAUUGAAAAGAUCGCAGUGUAUUGGUCCAGUUUUCUUUCCAGCUAUUACUUUGUAAGUGCAUUCCGCAGAAUUAGAUAAUGGACGCAUAACCACUACUUAGUGACAUUGGAACUUUAGACAUACUGAAUCAGAAUGAGAAUUCGAUUACAUGUUUUAAUUUGGAAACAAAGCCUACUCUGUCAGGGUUGUUCACUAAACUGAGAAUUGUCCAGGGAAUUGCAAAUUGUAGGCCAAAGUAGCCAAGCUAUAAAUGUGUAACAGAGCUGGGAUUUUUCCCUAUUUGUCCUAAAUUCUGUAAUUCCCUGCCGAAGUUUUGACAAUCCUGGGGUUUUAGCAAAUAAUCCAGUUUCGUUUUUCUUUAAGCCACUUCUGCUCAGUAAGAAAAUUUGCAGCUCAAUAUGUGGACUAAUGUUUCACUAUGAAUCUUUUCCCUUUUUUUCCCCAACGUUUUGAAGUCUACGGUAUACCAGAAAAUAUAAACUUUUAUUUCUAUAUUUUUUUUUUAUGUUUUUCACAGAUAUAUAUUGGGGGGGGGGGGAAACUUCUUGCUAAUUUUCAUUUUGGUAAAAAUGCUUUAGAGCUUUAAAACAACUCAAUUUAGAACUACCUUUUUAAUCUGUAAAUCUGAACCAUGUGAAACAAGAUUUACUUGAGAACAGACCCAUAUGCCCCUUACAAAUUAUAUGGGAGUUAGCAUUUAGUCAGGACAAUCCAUGCACAUGGUAACCUGCAGCCGGCCCAAGUUAAGCUAGGGCAAUGAAAUGCCUUGCAAGAGCAUUUGUCUCCCGCUGCUUGCUCCAAUUAUGUUUUUAUGCAAAGGUCCAUUACAGUCUUAUAUCAUGACACAGAUCAAUAUUUAAUGAUCUGGAUAAUCAUGAAUUUUAGUGUUGGGAUUAAAAAUAUGGAAUCAAUUAUCUUGAACAUCUACAGCAUGAAAAAAUUAUGAUGAUACAUUCCUCCGCAACCUGAGCACUCUUUCAUGCUCUUCGAAAAGAAAAUCUCUGUAGGCUCUCAAAUACAUGUCCUGUGAUAAAAUAUUUAUUGUAGUUAUUGGGAAAAUUUAGACAUGGCCAAUGUUUGCUAGAACUGCAACACUCAAUUGUAAUUACAGCUGCUUUUUGUGAACACUGGCAAUAGAUCAAUAACAGUUCAUUUGUUCUCUGGCCUUAGUUGCCUGGAAAAUUAUUAAGCUUGCAAGAAACAAAAAAAAAAUACAUGCUUGACUUAAAUGAACAGCUAAUCUAAGAUCAAAAUUGCUCUGAUUUAUAUUCUUACAUUAACUGUCCAACUUGAAAUAAUAAGAUGUGAAAUGCUUCUUAAAAUAUCAUGUGCGGCCUUCGAAAGACAAUAAGCAUUUUUUUUCUUUGGUAAAGUUGCUAAAGAGCUCGCUAAAACUAAAUGAGUUUAGCAGGUUUUAUAAUUGUGUAAAAUGUGUGUAUUCAUAACAGUUGAAGUGAUAUACACUCCGCAACUGUUUAAGUACUAGAGUAGAAAGAUUAUCGAGUGUUGUGUUGCUCUGAAGAAAUAGAUGAUACCCAGUUAUUAAUUUUGAACGUGUCCAUGUGUUUCAGGAUGCUGCUGGAAAAGUAUUGGAUCAUUGGUCUAUAAUGACGGCAGAGGAAGAACUGGCUACUCUCCAGCAAUUUCUGCGUUUUGGGGAAACUAAAUCUAUUGUGGAGCUAAUGGCAGUGCAUGAAAAGGAAGGGUAUUCUGUUCUUGUUCCUACCACCAGAGCCAGUUCUGACAUUAGGGCUUUUAUUGAAAACAGCAGUCUAAGGAGCAGCCCCCUUCCACCACCAUCAUUGGAAAAAGCUUCACCAUCGGGCAUCCACCCGUUUGAGAGCAUGAUGAACAACAUGGCUUUUACAUUGCCCUUUCAGUUCUUCAGUCCUGUGCCUCCCCCACUAAUAGGAUCUCCACCAGAAAGGCCAUUCAAUGAAAGAGGUCAAGAAAGAGGGAAUGAAUACAAGCCAGAUACCCACAUAUCAUAUUCUGAGAGCAGCUUCUUAACUUCCAGUUCUGCAUCAUUUCUUUUGGAAAAUGAGUCCAGUGUGAGUGCUCAGGAUGUCAUUACCAAAACAGAAGACGAUAGCCCAUUAAGUGACUCUAGUUCACAUAACACCAUGACAAGCUAUGACAUGGCGUCCAUUUCUCCAGAGAGUAAAAUGAAGUCUGUUGAUCGAAACGGCACUGGACCAAGAAAAGGUCGAGUCUUCUGCACUGCCUGUGAAAAGACUUUUUAUGACAAAGGAACGCUAAAGAUACAUUACAAUGCUGUCCACCUGAAGAUCAAACACCGUUGCACAAUUGAGGGGUGCAACAUGGUAUUCAGUUCUCUGCGUAGCAGAAAUCGGCAUAGUUCGAAUCCAAACCCAAGGCUUCAUAUGCCAAUGAACAGGAAUAACCGUGAUAAGGAUUUAAGGAAUGGCCUUAUCGUCUCUGUAUCUGAAGAUCACAAAAGACUGGGAUCAAAAUCUUCCUCUGUGGACCACAGACCUCCUCCUAACUAUGCCAGUCCUGGCACUGACUCAAAAAUGAAUUCUGGUGUUCUUAAUGUUGGACAAAGUUGUGUGCUUAUUCCAAAUCUGAAAACUGUACAGCCUGUUCUCCCUUUCUAUCGAAGUCCAGUUACACCUGCAGAACUUGCCAAUACACCUGGUAUACUUCCAUCUCUGCCAGUUAUUUCUUCUUCAAUUACGGAAAAGCUCAUUACCAAUGAUUUAUCUUUGGAUGCAAUGCCUAAAAAGAAGUCUCGCAAAUCGAGCAUGCCCAUCAAAAUUCAGAAAGAGGCCGUGGAUGUUGUAAGCGAAAACUCUGAAAAUGUGGGUUCAGAAGAGGAUAGCACUCCACAGUUGACCAGUGAUCAUGGCUUUGAAAUACAUGAUAAAAACACAGAGACCAGGAUUUCAGGUGAGCUAGAGAGAGGCCACAUUCAGUCUCCUGUUUCAUUUAAAUUUCACAGCACUGAAGGACAACAUGCUCAAUCAGGGAUGGAUAAAGAAUAUCAGAAUGCAUCUUCUGACUCAGAAAAUGAAUUUCCACAAUUAGAAACGGAGAUUAAUCACAAACAAGACCAUGAGUUAAAAAUGGAUUCCAGUGAAAAUAAAUAUGAACACUCAAACCACUUUAAUGUUGCAAAGCAGUUGGCUGAACCUUCCAUGUAUAAUAAUGAGCAGCCAAAACAUACAAACUCUGAAAACGGUAUUGAAUUUCGACAUUAUCCUGUGAGUGUUGGCUAUUUCGGUUCCAUGACUCAUAGGACCUCAGGCUUUGACUCUUUAGAUAAAGAUCACGGUGAGCAAAACAUACGUAUUCCAAAAGAGGAGAAUCGCUUCCAUUGUGAGAUAUGCAAGAAAGCAUUUAAAAACCCAUACAGUGUUAAAAUGCAUUACAAAAAUGUACACCCCAAAGAAAUGCAUUUAUGUACAAUCGAUGGUUGCAAUGCAGCUUUCCCCUCCAGGAGAAGUAGAGACAGGUAAGCAAAAUUUGAAGUUUCAACCUGUCACACUCAACUGCAAGUUCUCUGCUUUUGUAAAUAUGAUUAACUUUACACCAAACCUGCAUGUCUGUGUAUCUGUCUUAUGGUGCCUAGAAGGGAACCUUAUGAUAUCCUUAGCUGAAACUGACCUUUCCUGAUGCCUCCAUCUUCCUUUUUCAACUCCUGGAGCAAAACUAUAAACAUUUUUAGUCGAAAUUGCAGGAUCCUCCUCCUUGUGCAUAUACAACGAGGUAACAGACAUAUAAUAUCACUCAAGAUUCCUUUUUUGUCAAGGAAUAUAUAGGUACUAAAUAACUAUAAGAAUCUUUAAAUGGUUGCUCUGAGCACCAAAGUAGUUUUAAGAAGCCAUUUUGGUGUAUAGAUCAUGCCCCCGCCGGCUAAAUGUUAAAUUUUCUGCCUUAAUAUCAAUUUGUUUAUGUGGUACUAGUCAUAUCUGCCCUGGCUGAGACUCACACAAGGUCCCUACACACUUUCUGAAAAAGAAAUGCAAAUAUUGUAGUUUUCAUUUUUUGAAGUUAUCUCAUGUCUUGUUAAUUGCCUUCUAAACUUUACAGCAGCCACCUGUGUAUGAUUAAAUUACAAUUAACAGAGCAGGGGAUAAUUUCUUUUUAUGAGUUUCUGCCAGGGGAGGUGCGGCAAAGGGUGCAUAAACAAAAUUAUUUAACUUCUAAGUGGCAGAGAAUUGAGCAGUGAGACUGUAGUUAUAUCAGCUAUACUACAAAAGUCCUUUUAUUAAAGCUGUACUGUCAACCCUCAACUUCCCCUCCCCCCUACUCAGACAGCCACUAGAGGUGCUUCCUGUAUCAGUGGGGCACAACGUAGACUGAAUGGAGAAUCUGAACAUUUAUUACAUUACAUGCUCUGCAUGGAGAUGUAGAACAUUCCUGCUAGAGAUGGAUUGAUUCAGUGCAUCUCUAUGAGGAGAUGUUGAUUGGCCUGCGUGGUGUUUGGCUCCACCCACACCCUGCCUCCUUAGCUGAGAUUGUCGAUUCUGAUGAUCUUAGCCAUUUGGGCAGAGCAAGUGCUGGAAUAAAGAUGAGAUUUAACCCUUUAGUGUUUUUAACCUUAUAGGGUCAGGAAUACAUGUUUUGUAUUUCUGACCCUAUAGUGUUCAUUUUGCUUUGGUGUCCAUAGUUAUAGAAGGUCCCCCACAUCCAGCCAUAAAAUGCAAGUUAAAAAAAGUUCUUUACUUACUUUUUUCCAGCACCAAGGCUCCCUUGGUGCUGCUUAUCUCUUCUCCUCCCGCAACAUCAUGUUGGACGCAUAGCCUCUUCUGGCAUCGUCUAAUACAAAGCUCCUCAUACAAGGAGCAUUGGGCACCUGAUGCACAUGUGUGGCAAGUGCAGUGCAUGCAUCCAAGGUUUUCCAUAAUUUUCCAUAGAAAAUUGUUGUGGCUUUUUUUUUUUUUUUUGCAUUUAAGGUAAGCAUUGCUGUGUCUGCACAACGGAAAUGUUUUAUAUUGAAUGUUUAAAAUUACAGGACCACUGCACCCAGACUGCUUUAUUGGCGUAUAGUGGUCUGGGUGACGUUAGUGGUCCUUUAAAUGGGCAUAGUUAUGGGCAGUGUUACUAAACAGCUCUCUUCUUUAAGUUUAAAAUAUGAAGCAUUAACAAUGAUUGACAUGAUCCCAUUCUGAAACCUAUAUUAUAAUUCCAUACCACCUGACUCCUAGCUGAACAAAAAUGUCCAAACAAUUGAAAUAGCUGUCCUGAGAAUGUAACUUAAAUGGGAACUGUACCUUCCCAGGAUAUUUAAAGUUAUAUUGACUUAUCCCUUACAUUUAACAAAUCUAUAUGUUUGUGAGGUCUAAAAGAUGCAAAUAAAUGUAGAACUUGACACUGCUUUAUUUAACUUAUAUCAUAGAGCUAAGCAGCUCCAUAUCAAUCCUUAUUAUAAACUCUGUCCUUUGUACCUGUCUGUCGGCACAGAGAGAGGAGAACCACUAUAUUCACUAAAGUGAGAAUCCUCCUCUAAUGCAAUAUGUGCCUGGGCUGAACUGGUUUGUUUUGUCAAGUGAUAAGUAUUUAAAGAGUAAAAUGUUACUUCUAGUUUUAUUAUUGUUAGUUUGUAUGAAUAUAAAAUUAAAUUAAGAAAUCCUGCCAUGAAGUGCGUCCAUCAUAGCUCGUUGGAGAAAAAAAAACUAUAGUGUUAGGAAUACAAAGCUGUAUUCCUAGCAAUAUAGUGUCCCUCUGCCCCUCCCCCACCUGCCCCGGCAAUUAUAGGGUUGAAACCUAUGUAAUUCAGGCACCACUUUCCAGUGCUGUCUCCGCCUCCUCCAGCGUCAACGGUGCAUGCAAAUGUGCAAUGAGCACCGCACAUGCAUUAGGCCUUUAACAUAGGAAAGCAUUGAGUUAGUGCUUUUCUGUGUGGACUUCGCACAGCAUGAGGACGUCCAUCAUUAUUUCACGGAGUUAAUCUCUGUGAAACAACAGAAAAGGCCUCUAGUAGACGGUCACUAGAGGCAAUCUUAACCCUGCAAUAUAAGUAUGGCCGUUUUAAUGGAACUGCAGGGUUAAGGGGUAAGGGACAAUAAACCCAGACCACUUCAAUGAGAAGAAGUGGUCUGAGUGCCUAUAGUGUCCCUUUAACGCAGGCUUUGGGUCAAUGUAAAAUACUUUAUUAUUAUGUAAUUAUUUAUAUAGCGCCAACAAAUUCCGCAUCGCUUUACAGUGGGUGGACAAACAAACAUAUAGUUGUAACCAGACAAUCUAUUGCAAUUUAUAAAUUCCAGAGAACUGGUGGUUCCCUAUUAAAGGGACUUCCACUGUGUAUCUUCCAAUGGGAACUUUGGUAUAAAAUGCUCCCUAUAGUCAGGGAAGUAGGCAAUAUAAAUUUGACCAGAUCGUGGUUUGCAAAAGCCAUCCCAUUUUGUUUAAUAGCGAAGCAAUGCAUUAAUUUGUUUUUUUAACUGUUGCUAUCCCUAUAGAGAAACUUAAACAUCUGUAGAUUAUGAAGCCCUAUUUUGUAACUAUUUAUAUAGCAUGACAAUCAACAACUAGUAAAUCAGAUUUGCAGGUAACUGAAACCAAGCAAAUUUGACACACCGGAACAAGAGGUGAUAAGGUCUCAUAUGAUCUGAAGAUCUAUUCUGUUACCUAAGCAGAUUUUGCUACAUAACUAUAGGAAGGCUAAAGAGCAUAAUUUAUUUAUUUUCUGUUCAAACGUUUUGUUCUCAGAAAUGUUUAUAAAUUGUGGUGAAUUCCAAGCCUAAUUUGCAAUGUUUAUAUUGCAAAAAUAGCAGAGUUGGAGGGGGGGAUUAUUUAGCUGUAUUGGCUUUUGGCCCUAAUUCUACAAAUUAGAGGGGUUUUCCCGUAGUUCCAUAUAGCUCCCAAUGGAAUGGUAGUCAGCUAUGAGUUGAGCUUUUCACAUUACCUUCACGACCCCGAGGCUACAAAAAGCUGGUAGGCUCUCUGUGUGCACAUGCAGCCUUUGAUUUAUUAGAUAUUUCCAUAGGAGUAUUUUUGUGUAAAAGCUUUCCUUUAUUAUCCAAGUACAUGCAGUUAUAAACUGGAAUCCAGGUGUGUUUGCGGAAACUGAAAGAAUGUGCUCACAUUCUUUCCUUAGUUUAGGGUUACCCACACAUCUAGCUCCUAUAGCAAUUAGUAGAUGACAAUGUUUCAUACUUAUUUUCUCAUAGAAGGCUUCAAAAAGUACCCAAAGUGAAUUAGCAGUUUGUGGUCUGCACAGUGUGUCAUGUAUACAGCAUCACCUCUGAUAUUAGUGAUGGGUUAGACGUGCAAUGAUUUACAUACUGCAGAUUUAUGUGUGUGCACAUUACUGUAAGUGUUAAUAUAUACAGAUAUAAUAUUUAUAGUAUAUUCACUAUAGUCAUUUGAAUACUUCCCAGAUCUGUCUGAUGAGGUCUUCCCAUAGUGCACUGUAGCCAUGAAUUUGUACUUUAUAAAAAACAAUUGUAAGGUAGAUGCCAACAUCCAUGCCAUUAUAGAUUUGAAAUCCUGACUUGGCUAUCAAAAUAACCAGUAGAUAAUGUAAAAUAUGUUAUAUUCUUCACUUUUGAAUUGUAAUGCUGCAACAUCGUUUAACUUUCCUUCUAAUAUUCUUGUAUCUUGCAGGCAUAGUUCUAAUCUGAAUCUUCAUCAUAAGCUAUUGACCAAAGACACUGUGGAAUUGCAGAACAGCUCCUACAGUAUUCCAUAUCUUUUAAAAGAUGUUACAAAGGGUUGCUAUCAGGACUCUCCAUUAAAAAACUCUGGGCAGACCUCUGUGAUCUUCAAAGGGAUGAACAGAACAGGCAGUCUGGUUUAUCCCAUGAACAAGAUCAGAGAGUCUUGUUUGGACAGCUUUGGGGCAGACCCAGUCAAUGACAGUGUUGUUUUGGAUCUAAGCACCACUUCGAGCAUGAAGUCUGGAAGCAGCUCCCAUUCAUCCUGGGACUCCGAUGGCUGUAGUGAAGAAGGUAACAAUAUACCAGUGGAAGAUAGUAAUGAAAACUGUGAACAAUUGAACUUCAUAUCGCAGGAAGAAUUCUUUCAGAAACUUAAUGUAAUUGAUAGAGCUCGCCAGAGUUUCAUAAACAUACCAUCUGGUAUGCCAAUAACUUGCCACAUGUGUCAUAAAACCUACAGUAAUAAGGGUACAUUUAGAGCCCAUUACAAAACGGUUCAUCUCCGGCAACUCCAUAAAUGUAAAGUAGCAGGGUGCAACACUAUGUUUUCAUCUGUGCGAAGUCGAAACAGACAUAGCCAAAACCCUAACUUGCACAGAAGCUUACUGGAGACGGUAGAUGUCAUGUAGUAAAUCAUGCAAAAUGUCUCUUGUAAAUGUAUGUGUUAAUUACAGUCUUGGCUUCAUUGGUUGCCCCAGUAAAGUAACUUUGUUUAAAUCCUUUGAUUCCAUAUUAAGUCUUUGAAAUGGUAAAGUGUUGCUUUAAAUGUUUGGUUUCUAAGAUGAACAUCUAAUUGUUGGAUGCAUGAUGGCAAUGAUGCAGGCCUGAAAGGCGCUGACUGACACUUUUUUUUAUUCUUUACAAACCUCUCUUCUCACAGUAGAAUAAACAAAGUUGUGGGUUUUUUGUUUUUUUAUAAAUUGGUUUUCUCACUGGUUAAAGAAAAUACAUUUAAAAAAAAUUAAUUUACAUGGGAGUUUGAAUGAGCAGAAUAGAUUGUGGCCCACUUUUUUAUUUAUGCGCCAUAAUGUUUAGCAAUGUAAAGCUUAUUACGUAUUUUGUAUCUUUGUCCCUUAAAGAGUAACUGUCAUAAGUGAGCUAAUGAUGGUUUUGUCUCCCCUCACCCUAAUAAAUUAAUGUGUUUGCAAGACACUCGAAGAUAAAUACACCACAGUUUGAUACACUUUACCUCCGUGUGACCAAUGUCAACAUCUUCCCAAGAUGCUUUGAGCCUUGUACUUUGGGAGCUGUUGAUUCCAUGCAGACAUUCUCACAGAGUAAGGGCAGACUCUUUGCAUUUGAUAUGCCAGGAUGUAUUUUGGAUUGAAUUGAAAUUAAAUAAAUAGAAAAUAAAUAUAUAUUACAUAUAUAUAUAUAUAUAUAUGUAUGUAUAUAUAUUCUAAAGAAUUGAUGAGAACACUCGCUGGAUUUUCAAUCAAUCAAUGAAGUAUAUUUAAAUUCACACAUGGAAAAAUCAACGUUUCGACCUGUGUAAGGUCUUUAUCAAGAUGCUGUACAUAUAUAAACAUUGUGUUUAUAUACCCCAUAAAUUGAAGAAAAUAAGCUUACCAAGUGUCCAAAGUGCACAAGACCCAUUCCCACACGCCGAUUGGACCACCCCUAAUGUUCUCAGUGAUGUGUUCACAAUGAUGUCAUGUGUCCGGCGGCAGGACCUCCCAAUCUGGAAAGCGUCCCGUUACCAUAAUGAUCUAGUGCAGUGAUGGUGUAUGAAAAAUUUGUGGUUUUCAUACGCUGCCGGAUGUAUGACGUCAUUGUGAGCACGUUAGGGGUGGUCCAAUGGGGUGGGACUCAGUCUCAUGCACUUUGGACACUUAGUAAGCUUAUUUUCUUAAUUUACACAAUGUUUAUGAAUCUUGAUAAAGACCGUAUACACAGGUCGAUAUGUUGAUUUUUUUUUUUUCCACAUGUGAAUUUGAGUACAGUUGAUUCAUUGAAAAUCCAGCGAAUGAUCACAUAAUUUCUUUGAAUUAUAUAUACAGCGCAGUGCAGCACCCUGGUAUAAGUUUUUUAGUAUUUCAUUUUGGGCAGAGUGCUAGAUCAUUUGUAUUUUUAUAUUUAUUUAUAUUUUUUAUUUAUACAGUAUUUUUUUAACUGUCAGUGUACGAAUGGCUUGAGGUAAACCUAUAUUUUAAAAAUUUGAGCAGCAUAUGUUUUUGUGCUCUGUAUACCUGUUUUUUUUUGAUUGAAUUGUUGGAACUGCAAGCAGAAUUCUACAAUAUGAAAAUGGUCAAGUUGGAAAUGUAACUGGCCUUCAGUUUUACAAAUUCAAUUUAAAAUUUAAAAAUCCUUUUGAAUUCCUGACAAUUCACACUUUAGUGACUAUUACUGUUAGAAUGUUUUUCUUAGAUUUUGGUGUGCCAGGUUUCAACCUAAAGGAACACUAUAAUGUCAGGAAAACAAACAUGUGCUCCUGACUCUAUAUUGCUGAAUUGGCUGUUUAGGUGACCUGUCCCCUCUCUGUGCAGUAAAAAGGUUAGCUAUGGCUAUCCCCACCUUCAUGGAUGAGAUCAUCAAUAUUGAUGAGCUCAGCCAAUUCAAUGCUUUUCCAAAGGAAAGCAUUGGAAGGCUAUUAUGCAUCUCUGUGGGGAAUGUUCACUGUCUCUUUACAGAGUGUGAAGAAGCAUAAGCCAUGCUGCACACAGUGUAGCACUACACUAGGAAGCACCUCUCGUGGUCAUCUGAGUGACUGCCAUUAGAGGUGUUACUAGCCAGCAUUGUAAACACUGCCUUUACUCUGAAAAAGCAUUGUUUCAGUGCUACUACUGGAGGGACAGACUUUAGACCCCAGAACCACUUUAUAAGCUUCUUGUGACUAUAGUGUCCCUUUAGUUUUCUAAAGGACAUUUAAUUUAUUAUUAAUAAAGGGAUGCUUGUCACUUUAUAGCACAAAGGUGACUUAGUGCUCUCCUACAUACCAAAUCUCUCUGAGGAAAUAAAGAGCAUGUUACUUAAUGCUAUUUCAAUGCAUUUUUAAUUUUCAGGAAAAAGCAUGACUUUGAAAGAGCGACAUAACGAAGCAUUUGAGAGCAGAAGAUGCACAGAAAACUCCCUUUACUGAAAAACCCCACAAUCACACUAUGGGUAUUGUAAUGCCAGCUGAAACGGUCUUACAUUUUUGUAGAAAAUAAUCUGUAAGUAGGAUCCUGAUCGUCAGAUGUACAGUUUUGAUACUAUGUCAUAUAAGCAUUUUCACUGUAAUUAGAUGUAUUUUGACAUGUAUGCUAUGCACUUAUAUUUGUUCUGGGCAUUGUAGUAUUAAAAUGCUUAAAUUUCACUUUUUUUCGUCUCUUCUGUAAUUCCUUUAUAAUUUAAUCCUUUUAUUUUUUUUUUUAGAACUAGUCUAGAAAAAAGAUGUUUCCACAGACAUGAUAUUUACUGCACAAUUUGUAAAUACUGCCCUGAUUACCCCUUUAUACGCUAAAUAAAAAAAGAGCUUAAGAGGUUACAUUUUUAUUUUAUUUUUUUUGUUUUUUUCUCUCUCUCUUUCUCUUCAAUGGUUUUCCAGUAGGACUGGAUUUGUUAACGUGUUGUGGUGUACUGUAUAAAAAAAAAACUAAUGUAUAAUUACAUUUGUAGUCAUUGUAGCAGUGUAAAAUAAAUGUCACAAUUUGUUGAUGUUUAACUUAUUCUGAAUAUGACUUUGUUAGUUUUCAUAAUGAGAACAAUCCGAGAUGGAUUCUUUUAAAGGAUGGAAUCCAUUUUUUUUUUAUUUUUUUUUGACUACUAAAAAAUAAUGCACAGUAGAUUUGCCCAAGAAUGUCCUUGUCAUUGUAAAUGACUUAUCUUUGUUUCAGAAUAGGAAAAGUAAAAUUCUACUAAAUGGUUCGUGACCGACUUCACAAUAAAUAUUUCCAGUCAUGAACUUUGCCUUUUUUAUACAUAUAUUGGUAGUACAUUUGAAGCCAUAAACAGUGUUUUUGUUUGUGUAAGUAAAAUUCCAUAAAUGUUUUGUUUUUCUCAUUGUUGUUCAAUAGAACUGCGAUUUAUUGUUAAAUUCUAUUUAAUUUUUCCUGCACUGUUAAGAUUAAGCAGGAUUCAAAAUAGCU